UGCUGUUUUUCAAGACACUGAAGCUGAGGAAGAUCUCCCCACCUCUGCAUUUGAUAUUCUCAUCCCGUAUAACAGGCUACAUAUCACUUAUGAUUCAAGGAAGAAGCUGAGUACUUACACUCUUUGUUGUCUCAUGAUGGAUUAUGUACUCCAUCUAGUCAACCGUAGUUUAGUUGAUAACUUCUACUUCAAGAGGCGUUUCCCUGACUACCACCCCUACAUUCUCCGCCUCUAUUAUGGGAUCAUUUUCUGGAUCCAAUGCCUUCGUGCUGAACACUCGGUUUCCGCUUUACGCUCCCACGACCACCAGUUUCUGUUCCGUUUUCUAAACACAUACCCGCCAGAAAGCCUUCCAAUUGUUGGUCCCCUCGUUCCACUGUUUAAGACUCUUUGUUCUUCCCAACCCGGGUUCCCCACUUAUGGGAAAGUCUAUCCGCUCCUCCCAAGCGCCGCUGGCCCAAGACAACGUAGCUCAUUCUCUCGAGAAAGCACUGAUUGGCAUGUUCUCCCAAACGUUCCUGGAAUUAUUGCUCUUUUGGAGCACUUAAAUUCUGUUAUCAAUGCUGAUCAGCCUAUAUAUCCGAAGAUGGCAGCACACAUCCCCGUCGCCGCCAAUACCAAUCAAAACACCGUUUUCGGUCACCAUACGUUCAAUGCCUCUGCCACUCGGACUGUUAGAGAUUCUUGGUCUCUCGUUUCCUCCGGCCUCCAAUAUCCUUGUGAGGCUGAUGCUAGGCUGAAUGAAGGUUUUGCUGAAAGAUAUGAUAGUUUUGAUUUCCCUGAAACUGCCGCUAAUGACGAUCUUACAAGUAUUGAAAGUUUUCUCUCUCUGGAUCAGACUCUUGGUUGGUUCUCCCAUGUUAAAUACGUUGCAGCCUCUGCCGCUGCAUUUUUCAAAGGAUCCGGAACUCUUGCUGACUGCCAGCCUACUGGAGUAGUCUCCAACCAAAUCGUUGUGCAAUAUCAGGCCCCCACCUCAAUGGUUACUGCCCCAACGUGUUCAGCUGACGAGAACGCCUUGUUUCCUUUUUCUUUCAGGUUAUGCAGUACGGCUCGUAGACUCCCCACACUCUCCGAAGCAAUGGCUGCCAUGGCACAGACAAAUGUCGAGAUGUUUCCUACCCAUCCUUAUCUGUCACACCUUGGUGCGAAUACCCGUGAAGGCGAUUUCUGGAACAUUCGUCCCAUCGAGCGAUCUCCUAUUGAUAAGACAUCAUACCUCUCUCUCAGUUACACUGUAAGGGAGAUGAUGAUUAGCAAGAUCUAGCUCGCUGCAUUUUCGUUGCCCUACUACUGUAGGUGCUGAUUUUCUCGUUUCUUAAAUUUAAAAAAAAAUC